GGCAAGGAGAGGGCCCUCGUCCUUGCCCAAACACGGGCCAUCGUCGUUGUGCUUGCCCCUCGUCCGCCGGCUGAAGAGCCGCGGGCCUGGUCGCCCGCUGGGUGGACCAGCGCUCGACCAGAAGAGUUACAAGUUUCCUCCCCUCCCCUUGUCGCCUUUCUUCUUUCUUUCCACCAUGUCCCUUUUCGCUGCUACUCGCCAGGUCGUUGCCCGUCGCCCGGUUACCGCCGGCCCGAUGGUUGCUCGCCGCUUCAUGGCCCACGGCCCGACCACCCCCCAGUCUGCCGUGCCCUUCUGCUACGCCAACAAGUCCGCCUGGCGCAUGAAGUUCCUUGCCUUUAUGGCCCUCGGCUGGGGUAUUCCCGUCUACACUGUCUACAAGGCCAACUCUGGCGACUAAACGCCCUCCUGCCUUGAAGAGGCGGCCAGGCUGUCUACCUGUGUCAUAACUCCCCCGCCCUCUGCCAUGGCCCGGCGCCAGUACAUCACAACUGGUGAGGGACCCUGCCAGAGGGGGAGUUUUGGAGGGAGCGUCCUUCAACUGGGCGUCGGUACAACCUUUCGCCCGGCCUGUGUUGGCCUCCCGCACACAGACAUCCACUGAGUGAGCCUUGAGUGUGGGGUGGUAGUAGUGGCGAUAUGACCCAUCAACAUCAUCACCCCCCCUCGUCCCUCUGCCUUGGCUCCCGCGACCCACAGACACCUCACAAUACACAUUCCAGCAAACAUGUUCCCCUCACCCUCAAGCAUAUCGCUUUUGGCACACACACACACACACAC